AUGAGCGGUUUUUACAUAAAAGCAACGUGGAGCUACCGGGUGCUGAGCUUCCUCGGCAAGAGUCUGACCAUCUGGCCACUGGACAGGGGCCAGAGCAAAGGACUCGGUCUCCUGCUCAACUGCUUCUGGUGGUUUUACCUGCUGAAUUACGUGGCGAUCCUCGUGCCGACGCUCUACGGCCUCUACAUCAACCGGAGGAACAUCGUGUCGGCCUCGUACUCGUGGAUCGAGAGCACCGUCUUUACCGAGGCCACCGCCGUCAUGAUUUUCAGCAGGUGGCAACGUUCGCGCCUCGAGUCGCUCUUCCGAUUGGCCGAGAAGCAGCUGGCCGUGAAGAAGCGAAGGGUCGUGCGCUUCUACGCCAAUUACUACGCGAUCGUCUACCUGGCCACGCUGGCCUUCUACGUGUGCGUCGUGAUGAUGUACAUCAUCCUGGAGAAGCCGAAAACCGGCAACAACGAACUGGCCCUCUCGGCCUCGUACCCGUUUCGCCUCGAGGACAACCCGAUCAAGUGGCUGCUCUGGGUCAAUCAAGCGAUCGUCUUCGUUCACGCCUACAUCGUGGCCAACUUCGACGGUAUCGCCGUCUUUCUCAUUUUCACCUGUACCGAUCGUCUCAAGCAGCUGGACAAGCAUUUUCGUGACUCGCGCUCUUACGAGCACUUGGUCGCCUGCGUUCGAGAGCACAACGACGUUCUCGCAUUGAUCAAGGACACGAACCGGAUACUCAGAUUUAUGGUGUUGAAAACUACGGCUUUCUUCAUGUCAUACGUUUUCGGUGCCGGAUUGCAAAUUUUGAACAAUACGGCGCAAACUGUGAUGAUUCAUCAAAUAUCCAUACUUUUUUUGGCCUACGCUCGACUCUACCUGUGCGCCGAGAGUGCAAAUAACAUGUCCGCAGCGGGAAGAGACAUUGCCAUGACCGUUUAUUCAACGUCUUGGUACGACGAAACUCCCAAAAUGUCCACGGCAAAGACCAUCAUCAUUCAAAAGUGUCAACGAGAACCCGUCAUAUGCGUCAGCGGUCUCAUGUCUGCCCUCGACCGAAGAUACUUGAGAGGGAUUUUUUCCGCCACGAUAUCUUACUUAAUGACGCUGAGAACAAUUGUGGGUAGUAAAUAA